AUGGGUGUCUUGAGCAGAUUUCGUCCGCGUGUGAGCGAGAGCUCAGAUGUCGACGCGACGGAAAUGAGGACUACCAACCACGAAAAGAACGGACAAGCACCAGAAGAUGGAAUUGGUCCUGAUGCGAAUGAUGCCGUUCCAGCUGAAGAUGUUACCGAAGGUGUCAAGAACAUGGAGGCGAUCACACUCGUGUGGACCAAAAAGUCUCUCAUCACCUUGUUCAUCUGCAUCUGGUUCGUCUAUCUUCUCAACGCGUUCCAAAGCUCGACUGUUGGAAGCUUGGUACCUUACGUUACAAGUUCAUGGGGCGCGCACUCGCUUCUUAACGUGAUUGACGUCGUCGCGAGUUCGAUGACUGCGGCGGUGUUCAUCCCUUUGGCGAAGCUGCUUGAUCUUUGGGGUAGAGCUGAGGGGUAUCUUCUUAUGGUCGCGUUCGCGGAGUUGGGUCUUAUUCUCAUGGCGACGAGUACAAACCUGUCCAUCUACUGUGCCGCCAAUGUCUUCUACCAAGUCGGCUUCACGGGCCUGAUCUACAGUAUAGACGUCGUGACCGCCGACGCAACCAACCUCAAGAAUCGAGCCCUCGCCUAUGCGUUCACAUCAUCGCCAUACAUGAUCUCUGCGUUCGCCGGGUCAUAUGCCUCGCAGGAGAUGCUGGUCAAUAUUGGGUGGCCCUGGGGUUUUGGUACCUUCGCUUUCUUGACGCCAGUCAUUUGCGCUCCUUUGUAUAUCCUGUUGAAGGUCAACUUGCACAAAGCCAAGAAGAAUAUUCUGCCCAAGGAGGCUAGCGGUCGGACGUUGAAAGAAAGUGUUUGGCAUUAUCUCAUUGAGUUUGACGUUCUCGGCGUCUUCCUAUUUGCAGUCGGUCUGGUCGUCUUCCUCCUCCCAUUCAACAUCGCCGCCACAGCGCCCAACGGCUGGGCAACAGGGUACAUCAUCGCUAUGAUCGUAGUUGGCUUCGUCCUGCUCGUCGCCUUCGCCAUCAACGAAGUUUACUUAGCGCCCGUUCCUUUUCUCAAAUUCCACUUCUUGACCGAUCGAACGCUGGUAGGCGCGUGUCUUCUCGAUUUGACCUAUCAGAUCUCGUAUUACUGCUGGAACAACUAUUUCACGUCUUUCCUGCAAGUGGUUAAUUAUCUGUCCGUUUCAGAAGCGGGAUAUGUGAACAAUACCUUCAGUGUUGUAUCUGGAUUCUUGUUGUUUCUCGUCGGUUGGGGGGUCAGGAAGACGGGGUACUUCAAGUGGUUGCUCUGGAUGGGCGUGCCACUUUACAUUCUUGCCCAAGGACUAAUGAUCUACUUUCGAAGCCCGACUGGAUACGUUGGGUAUCUAGUCAUGACGCAAAUCUUCAUCUCAGUCGGCGGAAGUGUCUUCACCAUCUGUAUGCAGCUGGCGGUCCUCGCCGCUGUGGACCAUCAGCAUGUUGCCGCCGCUUUGGCAAUGCUGAGUGUGACAGGCACAGCGGGUGGAAGCAUCGGGUAUACUAUUUCGGGAGCAAUCUGGACGAAUACGUUCGAAAAGGCAUUGCGGCAAUAUCUGCCCUCCAGCGCGCUCGACAACCUGGAGGCUAUCUACGGCGACCUCGAUACGCAGUUGAGUUAUGCGAGGGGCACACCCGAGCGUAUUGGAAUCCAGAAGGCGUAUGGAUAUGCUCAAACUCGGAUGUUGGCUGCUGGAACGGCGAUCAUGGCUUUGUCGUUUUUUUGGGUUGCGCUGAUCAGGAACUUGAAGGUGUCGGAGAUGAGACAAACGAAGGGUAACGUCUUUUAG